UUCAAAAUGUCGGACAAUCCUGAAGAUACAGAUUCAAGAGCGGAGGAAAAGGAGGAUGGUACAAAAUCCCGAACCCUAAAAGAUGCGACCCACAUACUAAAAGCAGAAGCUUUAAGACGGUAUCAGCUCGGAAAUACUGAGUAUGACAGCGAGGGCGCCAAAACUGAUGAUGGACGCGAAGGUUCAUCUUCCGAUAAGAAUGUUGGGGAAACCGAAAAAAAUGGUGAAUUACUUGAUUCAAAAAACCCAGAUUCUGCGAGUAAGGGUACAGACGAUGACUUGAAUGUUACUGAUCGCAAUGGUGACAGCGCCAACGACGAAGAAAGUCGACAAGAUGGAAGUUUUGGUAAGGAUUCUGCGAAACCAAAAGAAGGCAACGCUUUGGAGGAUUCUGUUUAUGGCGACAGCAACAAAUCUGAUAAAGAAAACGUUCAGAGAUCUGAUAUAUCCGAGAAAGAAGGUGGUAGACCAGGCUCUGAUGUUAAAGAUCAAGACACAGACAAAGGAACUGAUUCUGUUAGGGAAGGGGAAACAGCAAAUGAAAUCUCGAGCUCUAAACCUCAAAGCGAAGACACUCCGCGGGUUUCAAAUUCCCAGGAUAAACCAGCACACGUACGUGGUUCGAGGCCAAGUUCGGCGAGUUCACGACCAGUCUCGAGCAAAGCAAGACCAACAUCAGAGUCUGAAGGGUCUAAGAAGGGGGAGGAAGGCUAUCGAAAACCUAGCAGUAGACCUGAAUCAAGAGAUGGUAACAGGUCAAGACCGGGAUCAGGCGUUGACAAGAGGGCCAAGAAAGAGGAACAAACCCAGCAGCAAGCCAGUGGAAGGGGUGGGUCUGGUACUGGGAGGAGGUCUCGACCGCAGUCAGGAGACAAAGGAGGAGCUGCAGGCAAGGUCAUCCAAGAUGGGUAUACCAUUGAAAGUCCAGGAGAUACUAUUGCUAAGAAAGAUGGGGAUCUUACUGGUGAUGGAAUCAUUCAAACCACAGAUGAUAUUUCUCAAUCCAAAACAAGUAAGGGUGAAAUAAAAGAAAGUGUUACGGCAACUGGAAAUGCUGCUUUGGCUGCAAACAUCAAUGAAGGUGUAUCUCCAACAGAAGGGAAGGAUCUGACUAAACAGGAGCAAGGUCACCAUAGUGAUAAAUCAGUCUCAAAAAAUGUGGUUUCUGAUAACAAUACAGAAAAAAUUAGUGUUGAAAACAAUUCUAAAUCAAAGCAGACAGGAGCUGAUGACAAAUCAAGUGAUGAUGUGUCACCACCCAUGAGUGAGGAAGCAAAAUCUAAAGAUCAUGUUGAUGAAUCUAAACAAAGCCCUGACUCUCUUUUUAACAAUAAACAGGAUCCUGCAGUGGCAGAAGGCAAUAACAAAGAAAAGGAAGGGGAACAUUCUAAAGAAAGCAAAGGGGAGAAAGAAAGAGCAGAACACUUUGAUGGGGGAGGAAACGCUGAUGUCAAGUCUAGUGGGAGGGAAGAGUCAUCAGAGGCCUUACAAUCUAAGGAUGGUUCAAAAGAUAGCCAGGAGCAAAGUGUCACAACUGACAAAGACGAAUCAUCAGCAGAACCUGGUGAAGGUAAGAAAGAACAGGAUGGUCACGCAGGAAAAUCAGAAUCAGCAGAAGUAGAAAGUGAAAAAGCAAUGGAAAAAGCUGAUCAGGAAGGUGGCGAUCAAGGUGACACAGAGGGAUCCUCUGACACAAAAGUUAAAGAGGAGGGUAAAGAAGGUGACGCAUCCGUGGACAAAAUUGAUGAAACAAAAAACAAUGAGGAAAAGAAAAAGAAGAAAAAGGCAGAGGAAGAAGGUGUAGAAAAGCAGGAGAGUUUGGAAGAAGAUGGAGAAGAGAAAGCAGAUGGAACUGUAAAAACAGAUGGAGAAGCACUGCAACCUGGUGAACCAAAACAGACUGCACCAGGAGAUGCAGAGGAAGAGGCUAAAAGAAUUCUACCUGAUGACUUCUAUUAUGAUUUUGAUGAACUAGUCUCCAAGGCAUUUUCAACAGAGGGCAUCCCACCAGGGUUGUUGUCAUUUUACCAUUCAUUUGGUUUUGAAUGUACCAAGAGAUCAAACCUCCAUGUCUUGGAUGAAAACUGUGUUUUAUUCUCUGCUGGAAACUCAGUAGAGAUUCUGAAUAUGGAAACACAGGAGCAAACUCACAUUCGAACAACAGGGGGAGGUGGGAUUGGGGCAGUGGCAGUCCAUCCCAGCAGAAAAUAUUUUGCAGUAGCAGAAAAAGGAGUGAAGCCCAACAUCAAUAUCUUUGAGUACCCUUCUCUUAAGCUCCAUCGAAUCCUUUGCGAUGGAACAGAGGAAGGGUAUGCCCAUUUGGACUUCUCCCCCAAGGGAGACAAGCUUGCAUCUGUUGGCAGUGCACCAGACUAUAUGCUGACUGUAUGGGACUGGAGAAAUGAACAGGUUAUUCUCAGGUCCAAGGCUUUCUCACAGGAUAUUUACAAGGUAGCAUUUUCACCUGAAGAUGAGGGACAUUUGUGUACCAGUGGUUCAGGACAUAUCAGAUUUUGGACAAUGGCAAACACAUUCACUGGACUGAAAUUACAGGGACAAAUUGGAAAGUUUGGUGCCAAAGAAAUCUCUGAUAUAGAAGGUUUUGUUGAGCUUCCUGAUGGUAAAGUACUCUCUGGAUCAGAAUGGGGCAACAUGUUACUCUGGGAUGGUGGUCUAAUUAAAGUGGAAAUUUCCAAGAAAGGCAGGAAACCCUGUCAUGUUGGUAUGAUUGAACAGUUCUUUAUGGAUGAAGGUGAACUCAUGACCAUUGGUGCCGAUGGUUUUGUGAAAGUCUGGGAUUUUGAGAGCAUUGACAAUGCUGACACAACCGAGGAGGGGCAGCUGUUUGAAAUGGACCCAAUGUAUGAGCUGAAGGUUGGCACUGAUGUCAAACUCUUGUCAAUGGUCAAAGCUGUUAACACUGAAGCACCAAUUUGGUAUGCUCAGGAUGCCGCAGGUGGUAUAUGGAAACUAGAUUUGUCAUUUACUCACACUAGCCAUGCACCAGAGAGGAUGUUCUCAUACCAUGCUGGACCAAUCACUGGCCUGGAAACUUCCCCUGUUGCUCAUUUUGUGGCCACAAUUGGAGUGGAUCAUACUGUUCGAGUCUAUGACUACCUCUCCAAGACACCAAUGUGCCAGGCUAAAUACAACUCAGGUGGUUCUAGCCUCUUGUGGCCCCCUAAAGUGGUUGACACCAAAGGUACCAAACUACUUGCUGGUUUUGCAGAUGGUGUGGUGCGCCUACUGGCUCUAAAUAAGGUGGAUCCUUCUCAACUGAGGAGCAAAAAGUCCAAGCAGAAAUAUGAGCUCAAUUUGGAGCAAGUUUUUAAACCUCACACUAAGACAGUCACUGUGUUAACUAUUGACGAGCAAGGAGAAAUUCUGGCCACUGGGAGUGACGACUGCACAGUGUUUUUCUUCACUGUUGGUGAAACUUACAAACCAAUAGGAUUCAUUGAAACAGCUUCUCCAGUUGCGUCUAUGGAAUGGUCACACAAAGCAAAGGCUCCAAAGAGCGUUCUCAUCAGUUGUAAGGAUGGCACAGUGCUUCAUGUCGAGGCUCCCGAUCCUGGCAAAUAUGACACAAGCAAGACGUUCCACCUGCCCCUGAAAAAUCUCAAGACCAAGGAGUAUCACUUCAAGAGUGUCAAGGAUAAACUCAGAAAAGCCGAACAAGAAGCGCAAAAGGCGAAAGAGGAAGAAGAGAAGAGAAAAAAGAAAGAGGCAGAACAAGCGCGGCGGCGAGCACGAGGAUUAGAAGAGGAAGAAGAACAACAACAAGAAGAAAAGGAAGAAGAACAAGAAGAAGAACAGAAGGAAGGCGAGGAAAACGAAGAAGAACAACACAAGGAACCUGGAGAAAUUAUCAAAGGAUUUUAUCACGGAAAGACGGAGCAAUUCUGGAUUUCCAUGGGCGGUUGGGAUGCAGGGUAUAUGUACCAGUGUGAAUUUGAUGAUGGUAAAAAACCGCCUCCCGCGGAGGGCCAGGAAGACACCCGAGAUGAACCAGUGAAAUCCAUACCUGUUCAUAACAGCAACGAUACCCCCAUCAGAUCUGUGUGUUUCAGUCACUCAGGUAAAUUCCUCCUUUUUGGAAUGGACGAUGGAGUUCUUCGUAUUCAUCCUCUGGACGGAUCGAACGACCUUGAAGACUUCAGCACAUUUUGGGCACUUAAUGUACACGACAACCACCAUGGAGGAAUCCGACACAUUAAAACCAGCUUUGACGACAAAUAUGUCUUCACUGCUGGAAUGGACGGUAACUUCUUCGUGUUCCGCUUCAUGGAUAAAGCUGUGGAAGGCCUUAAGGUGUCUCAUAAGGUGUCCAUACCUUCUGCAAAGAAGCUGAUCGGGGAAGAGGGCGAAGAGAUAGUGAAAAAAGUCGACGAUAUUGAUGACCCAAGCCAUUAUAGUAUCGAACUCGAGAAGCAGAAGGCGGAACACGACAGAUUGGUUAAACUGGCCGAGGAGAAAAAGCAGAACAUUCGUCGAAAGGUUGGAAAUUUGAGAAGAGCCUUUAAGGAGUUAAUGACCCGAAAUCAGAAGCUUCCUCCACAUGUGCAGCUUACGACCGAUGAAUUCGAAAUUGAUCCCGAUCUCGUCAAGGAACAGAAAAUUGAGGUGGACAAGAAAAUUGAACUUGUUCGUAAAGAGAUGGCUUGGGAAGCAGAAAAAAAGUCUAUUGGAUUGAAAAAACUGCAGAAAAGAUUUAAGGACGAGGUUGAAUGUGAUCGAAUUGUACUCCGCGCGUUCCUUACACCUCAUCUUGUGACAGCCUUCAGAGCAGCUAAACCAGACUAUCUACACCAGCUGCUACAGGAGGCUGUAGGGACGGGGGGUGGAGAGGGAACUGACGGGGGAGCGUCAGGGAGGAAGACCUUCACAAGUGCGUCGCAGAAAGCAGCUCAGAUGAAGAGGCGUACCACUCAAGAAAAGAUUAGUGUAAACCAACAACAACAGCAGCAACAAGCUCCGACGACACAAGGCCAGUUGGGAAGCAAAGUAGCAAAUGCACUGGCCAAAGCAGAAGCUCGGAGGCAGAAAAGACUUGCCAGACAGGCCGAGUGGGACGAGUUGUAUCGAGGCAAGCCUGACGAAGGCUAUGAAGAUCCUAAAGAUCUGGCUGCCAUUAAAGAAGCCCGAGAAAACAUGGGCGAUUACAAGCUGAAGACUGCUAAAGAUUAUGUGGUGCCUGAAAGCCAAAGGGUGAACGCGGAAAAGAAGAGAAUUCAACUGCUAAAACUACUUGACCAGAUUCAUCAUUACAAGUUUGAAUUCAACCAUUCAUUCUUAGCUCUGCGAGAUAAGAAAAUCAAGAUAAUCAAAGAGUUGAAGGAAGUGGUGGCCGAACUCGAGGAAGUACAGCGCAAGAUUGACCCUCAUUCCCGACGGACAAUCCCCAAAAUACCCGAAAUGAUGCCGGAUGAAUGUCCCGAAAAACGACUUGAAUACACACGCGAGCAGUUACUUGAAUUCAAGAAACAAUUGGACGAAAAGGUCCAUCGAGGAGACCAGGUAGGAGAAUUUGGAGGGUUUGGUGGAUUUGGUGGCGGGGCAACUGAGCCCUCAAAAUUGGCUCCAACAAGCAAGCCAGGAACACAGCAGAGGGAGCGUUCUAUCUCCUCCGUCUCUGUACAUUCGGGAAGGCCUAAGUCUAGCUUGAGUACUUUGACGGACAAAGGAACCCCCGACCCCACGUUAGAAGAUAUCAGGGAGGACCCGUCCCUACUGGAGCAGGAGAUGCAAUAUGAGGAGCAAAUCAGGUUACAAUACGAACAAGAUGUAUUAAUCGACAAGAUCACCAGCACACUGGAAAAAUUUGAUGCCGAUUUGCGAUACCUGAGACACGAUAAAACGCAUCUAGAAGUUGCUGUGAAGUGCGCUGACUUAAGGCAAGUUACUCUGUUUGAAGAAUUCAUGCUGCUAAAAGAGUUCGAGAAAAGAGAGAACAGCUUCGCCAACAAAGUAAACACUAAACUCUCUGAGAAGGAGGAGAUGCAGGAGAAGGUAGAAGACUGUCAAUUAAAAUUAGACUCUAAGAAACAAGACAUCGAAAAGCUCCAGGAACAGGAAAAAGCGCUUUACAACACGUUCUCGGCAGCUCUCGGCGAGAACAACAAGUUCGAGUCGUUUUUGACGCGCGUUUUCAAGAAGAAAAUCAAACGCGCUAAGAAGAAAACUCAAGCUCAGGAAGGUUCGGACGAGGAGAGCGAAGAUGAGGAAAGCGAUGAGGACUUGUCUUCGAGUGAUGAGGAGGAUUCUGACGCGGAGGAACUGGACGACAGCGUGUGUCCACCAGGGUGCGACCAAGCUUUGUUUGAUCAGGUUUGUCAGCUACGCGAGCGCCGCUUAGUCUUGGAAGAAGAAUUGGCAGAAGAAAAGAAGACAAGCGAGACCCUGAAAAAGGAAUCUGACGCACUUAUAAAGAAAGCAAAAAUCAUCGAUGGUGCACUGAAAACGGCUGAGGCUGAUUUGGAAGCUUUCCAGCGCGAAAAGCAGCAAAAACUCAACGAACUAGACGUGGUUGUGGUGCUCAGAUUUCAUCAGAUCCAGUACACGAUAAACAGUGUACUGCCUCAGGAUCUGUCGCAGUGUCUUGUUUUUAACAGCCCGGGGCUGGUGCGACUACAGCACAGGAUCAAAGAGCUGGAAAAAGAGAAAGCUGAGCAAAAGAGACUUUACAGGGAGCAUCGCCAGACUCAUGUGCAGCUCAUCCGGGACAAGAAAGUCCAGGAAGCCAGGAUCGGUGAAUUGGAAGAGAAAGUUCGUAGCAUGUUAAUGUUGAAAUUCGGCCGGCUAGUGGACCUGGAAAAGCUCGAGUCUGUAACAGUAAAUAGAACUGUGGAGGAAUUGAAGGAGAAACUCCGACAACAAGAGUCUAAGAGCGCCGCAGAGAUCGCCAAAUGGAAUAGCAAGAUUGAUUCGUUCAAAGGCAAAGUGACGCAACUUACUCGUGAGAACACACAGAGACUGGACACCUUCACUGUUUUACUGCAAGAAAAGAAAGAGCUUGAACAGAUGCUGAACUCACGACAGAAGUCACUCGGUACGGAGUUUACCGAAAGUCGCAAGGCCGACAUCCGGGAACGGCAGCGUUUGGUCCAGCUAGUGCAACUGCAGGCUCAAGAAAUCGACGCUCUCAAGGAUGAAAUAACUUUGCUGUCACGUAAAGGCGGGCAUAUACUGCCACCGGCACAACCACCCCUCCCUCCUGGACAAACGCCCAUACCCAAUCAAUAAUUUGUUAUCGAUUUCUCUCGAAAAGCCAAGUUUUGACUGUAAGAACUAUGUUGUUCUAAGGGUUUGUUUCAUUGUUCGCGUUUAUUUUUAUACAUGCACUGUAAAUAAUGGUAUGGAGACUAAAUGUUGGUCAGGAUUUCAAUGAUUAUGUUUAAGCUCCUAAUAAAGACACAAAAG